UAGCAACUGUGUAAGCUAGUGAUAGCAUCCGAAGACGGGCCAUGGCGAAUACAUCUGUCGUGUUGUACCACUACGAUGCGUCGCCUUUCUCGACUAAGGUUAAGAACAUGCUCUUGGUCAAAGGCAUCCCCCACAAGCUUGUCGCGGUCCCCAUACAACUUCCUCGCCCCGAGAUCACUGACCUCCUCGGGUUGACCUACCGACGCAUACCCAUUGUCGCCAUCGGGAACGACAUAUACUGCGGCACGGAUCUCAUCGCGUCCGUCCUCGAGCGCCGCUUCCCGUCUGCUGCAGGCUACAAGCCGCUCUUCCCGCCGCGCGCGGGAGGCGGCAGGACCGACGCCACGCUCGCAAAGCUGCUCGACCGCUACUGGGUGGGCGACGCGCUCUUCUCGCUCCUCGCGAACAGCCUGCCGUAUGCCAAGUUUGACGCGAAGUUCAUCGAAGACCGCCAGCAAUGGCGAGGGGGCAAGAUCGACGCGAAGGCGCUCGCGGAGAAGCAGGGCCACCGCAGCAGCGCGAUCGCCUCGCACCUGGCGUUGAUUGAGGAGCAGCUCGCAGACGGGCGUCAGUGGCUGUUGGACACAGAGAGCAUCGGCUUGGUGGAUGUGUCGGCACAGGUGUUCUUCACCUGGGCACGAUUGUUCAAAAAUUUGAGAGAGAUUUUCAGUGCCGACGCUUUCCCGCAAACCCUCGCCUGGAUCGAUCGUGUGGCCAAGCAUAUCAAGGAAGCACAAAAGAGCAACGCUGCGACCCCCGAAAAGUUGACGGCAGAGGACGCAGCGAAGCUGAUCGCUUCUGCUUCACACGAGGAUGAGAAGUCGGUCGGCUUCGAGGCCGUCGAGGCCGCUCGAUUGAGCGUGAAAUUGGGUGACAUGGUAUCGGUCUGCCCCACGGACAGCGGGAAAGUGCCUACAAUCGGGCGGCUCCUGGCACUAAACCGAGAAGAGUCCGUUGUGGAGAUUAAGGGGAAGGCGGGCAUCUUCCGCUGCCACUUCCCAAGGCUGGAAUUUGCUGUGCAGCCCACACAGCCCACCGCUAAGCUUUAGGCCUGGUAUUGGUCAUGCUUACAUCUCACCACUGGAUUGAAUGGAAGAUAUAUGUUACGACCAGAGUUGCCAUGUACGGAUUGCCAUGUACGCGAUGCAACUUAGAUCCACGAAUGGCGACUU